AUUCAGCACCCACCCCUCCCUGGUUAGGUAGCGCGUCUCGGCGCUGGCCUUUCUCUCGGCGGUGGGUCGGAGCCGCUGUGCCCGGCCUCGCAUGUUCGUUCCCCACCAAAUCUCGUUUCUAAAUUCGAUGCCCCGCUUGUAGGUGACUCGGUUUCGGCCUCCACCACGUAACUCGUGUCGUGUUCAUCGAGCCGCCCCUCGCGUUAACCAUGGCUGCGGUGAGCGGCUCAUCCGGGCCGGUGGCGCGGCUCGAGGGCCGCGAGUUCGAAUACGUGAUGAAGAAGCGCUCGGUGAGCAUCGGCCGCAACUCGUCGCAGGGCUCCGUGGACGUCAGUAUGGGACACUCGAGCUUCAUCUCACGGCGGCACCUGGAGAUCUUCACGACCAGCGACGAAGGCGGAGGAGGGGACUUCUACCUGCGCUGCCUGGGCAAAAACGGGGUCUUCGUAGACGGGGUGUUCCUCCGCCGGGGUGCCGCUCCGCUGCAGCUGCCGCCGAUGUGCACGUUCAGGUUCCCCAGCACCAACAUCAAGAUCACCUUCACGGCUUUGUCCAGCGGCAGGAAAACGAGGCGCGAAGCCCCCGAGUCUCCCGUCAAACCGGCGCAGCCUCACUUUGCGCCGCUCACCAUCAACAUUCCCGACAACCUCGCCCACCUCAUGAGUCCGCUCCCCUCGCCCACCGGAACCAUCAGCGCCGCCAACUCAUGCCCGUCCAGCCCUCGGGGGGCCGGCUCGUCGGGGUACCGCAUGGGGGGCCGCAUGGUGAGCUCGGCCGAGCUGCAGCUGCUCAACGAGAACUCCCAGCCUGAAAACGACAAGGACGCUUCGGGCGAAGACAGUCCCAAGGACGACUCCAAGCCGCCUUACUCGUACGCUCAGCUGAUCGUCCAGGCCAUCACGCUGGCCCCGGACAAGCAGCUGACACUCAACGGCAUCUACAAUCACAUCACCAAGAACUACCCCUACUACAGAACCGCCGACAAGGGCUGGCAGAACUCCAUCCGCCACAACCUGUCGCUGAACCGCUACUUCAUCAAGGUGGCGCGCUCGCAGGAGGAGCCCGGCAAAGGUUCCUUCUGGAGGAUAGACCCAUCGUCCGAGGGCAAGCUCAUUGACCAGGCCUUCAGGAAACGACGGCCCCGCGGCGUCCCCUGCUUCAGGACGCCGCACGGGCCCCUCUCCUCCAGGAGCGCCCCAGCUUCCCCCAACCAUUCGGGGGUGCUGUCGGCUCACUCCAGCGGCGUGCAGACCCCUGACAGCUUGUCCCGAGAGGGCUCCCCGGUCCCCAUGGAGAUAGACACCUCCUCCGUAGCCCCCGCUGCCCCCACCGCAGUGGUCCAACCCAAACUGGCCGUCAUCCAAGAAGCUCACUUUGCACAGAACACACCAGGCUCUCCAGUCGGCAACCAGCCGGUGCUGAUCGCGCUGCAGGGUCAGCUACCUCAAAACAUCAAGCCGGUCACCUACACCAUGGCGUCGCCGGUCAGCACCGGCUCCUCCCAGCCUGUCCAGACAGUCCAGACGGUCCACGUGCUGCAGCAAAUCCCCGCCGGCGCCACCGCCGUCAUCACGCAGCCGGCCGCCGCCGUCGUCAUCAGCAAGAGCGAACUGCAGAUGCAGGAGAACGGAGAGCGAGCUGAUGGCAAAGUGAAAGUGGAGGCGGUGCCCAGUGUCACGGGCGCGGUGGGUCGCAUCAUCCAGACGUCGGCGGCGUCCGGGCCCAUGCAGACCGUCGCCAUCCUGGGUCAACACCAGCUGCCAGUUAAGACGAUCACGCAGAACGGAAACCACAGCAUCACCACCGCCAUACAGAGCAGCGGUCCGUCCGUGGCGAACCCGCUUCACCUGCUGGCUGACCACGCCUCCGCCUCAGCAUCGCUGCCCACCAUCAAGCGGCAGAGCAGCGACCAGCAGGCGGGCGGCGGUGCGCCGCCCGACGCCAAACGGGCCAAAACGGAGGAUGAGGCCAGGCCGGCGGACAACGGUAACAACUAAGCUCCUUAACGGAUCCAUGCCACACCCCACCAACCCAGCACCGAGGGAGCGUCCACCAUCACCACCCUCACCUGUCCUUUCUUUUACUUGUCACGAGGGCUCCCCAAAAAAAGGAGGAAAUUUCAGGUAGAGUUUCGGAAAAUUUCCGGGAAAUUUCAGUUAUGUUUCUGGGAAGUUCCAGUCAUGCCUAAAAAAAAAAAAUCCGGAUACAUUUCUGCAACUCUUCUGGGUACAUUUUGUUUAACGUUUCUGGGAAAUUUUCCGUAAUUUUCUGGGAAAUUUUCGAUAAAAUCCGGACACUUUUCAGUACAUUUCCGGAAAGUUUGUUUUUGUUGUUGUUAAUUUGUGGAAAGUUUGGGGACGUUUCCAUGGGAAGUUCAUCUUGGCAGUUUUGGGAAAUAUUCUGAAUUGUGAUGUUUUCACGGGAAUUAACGGAGAGUUGACGGAUCGUUUCAUUGGUAAGCUAUCGCAUCCAAGCAUAAAUAGAAACAUUUUGUUUUGUCACAUACCCGUUCAAGAUCCAUCGCUCUCUUGCUUAUGUGAACAAGCAAGAUCGUAAGCAAGCCCUGCUGUAACCAUUUUCAAAACCGUUGAGUCAUUCACCCCAUAAAAAUCGAGAUACUUGCCUAUAGAGGCACGAAGUGGAGCCCUUCAACUCACUUCAACACAGUGUGUUGCACCGAGAUGGUGCUAAAACAACACUUUUACAUUUGUUUGGAAAUUGAAUUGGAAAACAAUUCAGAGAAAUUUGGAGGGUCCCUUUUUGAAAUUUUAAUUUAGAAAAUCCGCCAUGUGACAGCUCGUAAGUGGAAAAAGUGGUCGGAUAAGAUAUGGUACCACCAUACUUGUUGUAGUCUGAACUACGCUCAGAAUAAAUUGUCCCCGAGUUACACAACCAACUAAAAAUUUGAAAUUUCUAAUGCGGGGGAAAUUUAGAAUGAACCAAAAAGGCAGCAGGACUUGCUCCCUUGCCUUACAGAGAGCAAAUGUUCUCCAAUAAUUGACAUUCAUUACAAUUGACAUGCAAAGGGGGAGGGGGGAAUCCUCCAUGGAUAAUAUGUGUGGGAGGGGGGGUGACGAAAAAAAGCAAAUAUGCAAGGGUUUCUGGGAAUAAGGUUCUCUCAAAGAAUGUACGAAAUGGCAACAGCGAAAAUGUUGUUGAUCACGGUGUCCCGGAUCAACUUCGUUUGAGCUUUUGCAGCUAUUCUGAGUUCACAACAGCUGUUUUGUUCCUGAAAUAGAUGUUUCCGAUAGAUGUCCACUUGAAGGCCUUUGUGUGUGACGCUUCCAGUCUCUCUGUUGCUGACGACACGAUAGGAAAAGCUCAUUGGCAGCUCCCCUUAAAAAACGGCCGGUUACCAUGGCGACACUUCAAAAAAGAUGUUCUGAGACUGCCAAAGAGCUUGGCGUGUCGUCAGCAGCUUCCAACUGGAGGAGUCACAGAAACGCUUACAAGUGGACAUCUUUGGAAAGUUCACUUCCUGUUUAGUCCUGGGAAAGGUUUUAAAAAAAAAAAAACAAUUCUGGAAUUUCGCAACCCUGCUUGUCUCGCCUGAGGUGCCAAAAGAGAAGCGAAGAGUGAAAAGGAGAAAAAAAAAGAACGGUGUUGAAUGGACAGGCCAAACACAACCGCCUUACAUCCGCCUUUAGCGCCACACCUCUGUCGCAUCUACCUCAGCAGAACGGAGCCCCUCCCACCACCACCACCACUUGAACUUUUUCAUCCAGGCCGGCUGGGUGGCGGCCAUCUUACAAAAACGGAUUCCUCCACACUUGGCAGCUAGCCGCUCAACUCGCAACUUCCUAUCCCGCAACAGCGCCACCGUGUGGAGCGGAGGACUUUUUUUUCUUUGUUUCUUUGUUUUCACUUCCAAAAAUGAAGGCAACGAGCUUGUUGAAAGACCGGGAAACCAGACCUAUACCCCCGUGGCAAGCCUAUUUGACCAUUUAUUCCAUGUUCUUGCGCUCCAUCAGGUCCACGUACUAGUACACUCUGCACUAGUAAGAGAAUUAGGCACAAUAGUCGAACUAGGAUGCACUCAUCGAAAAAUUGGCUUGCACUGAAAAAAAACCCCUUAAUUUUUGGUUGCACUCGAUUAAAAUGUGUUAAACUAACACAUUUGUUUUUGUGGAGGAAAAUGGGAAAAUUCCCCCACUGUACUAACAAUUUUUCCACUACUAGUGCAUCUCUCCAUCAGACGGAUCGAGAUCUAGAAAGAUGAAAUGGCUUCAAUAUUCUUGAUAUAUAAGAUCCAUUUAUUAGUACACUCUUUGUCCUUCAUAGCAGAAGACCAAUGGGGUCCCCCCACCCCACACUACUAGUGCCACUUUUGGUCUACUGGUACUACCUUACACUGGAUUGCAAGGAAAUCUACUUGUACUAGUAGGCACUUUUUCCUCACUAGUAGGACAACUUCCAUUUUAGCGGUAAAGAAAAAAUGUGCACUAUUAACUGUGUGCUACGAGUGCUACUUGUGACAUCAAAUGUUAGUACUCAACAGUUCACCAUUUCCAAGUUGUACUAAGAGCCUACUUGUACAUGGACGUGUAGCUGGAACAAGUGGCAAAGUGGCUUUUCGGAAGCUUCCUGCCUGGAAUUUUGUGACACCUUGUCACAAAAUUUUGUGACACACCACACUGGAAGACUUGAAGAAAGACCAAUCCCGCAUGAGAGCGAGAGAGAAAAAGAAAAGAAAACCCACACACCCGCACUUGAUUCAUUGUCCUCUUUUUUUCUCGUUUGUUUUGAUUACAUUGUCAUCUCCUUUUUUCAUGCUUUGUCUCCCUCUGGCUGGCAGAAAAAAAAAUAAAGGAACCCCCAACGUUUGCAUCAGAAUUUGAGUCAGCACCCCACCUGCGGGUUUCUGAUUGUAAACGCCAUAAAGGAAGAAUAAUGCUUGUUCAGCCUCAGUGGAGAAAAUGUUUUUUUUUUUAAAUAAAUUAAUUUAAAGUCUUUGUCAUCA